AAAGGGGCUUGGAUGUAUUCGGCUUGUGCCGGGAAACACAUCGCAGAAGAGAGGCAGAUCUGGAUCGGGGCAGCAGGCACACAGCUCCUUGAGAUGAAGUCUGCUGAGGUGGAGGACAGAGCAUUGUUUACAGACACUUACUGCAAAAUCUGCAAUGCGCAGUUAAUUUCGGAGUCCCAAAGGGUUGCACAUUAUGAGAGCAAGAAACAUGCAAAUAAAGUUCGACUUUACUAUAUGUUACACCCAGAGGAUGGAGGGCCUCCCUCAAAGAAACUUCGACCGGAUGACCCAGAAAGCGAUGAGACUGAAGUCGAUAAAAAUAAAUGCUGUACCCUUUGCAACAUGUUCUUCACAUCUGCCAUAGUUGCUGAAUCUCAUUAUCAAGGAAAGACUCACGCUAAGAGAGUGAAACUUGUGCUCGGGGAGUCACCAAACACAGCAGCUCCAGCAGAACCAAUACAGGAGACACCUGAGCAUACAGAAAUACCUCCUCAGGAAGAGGACACAUUGUGGAACCUCAACAUUGGAAAUGAGUCUAGGAAAUUCUGUGACCUUUGUCGGGCAUGGUUCAACAACCCACUGAUGGCUCAGCAACACUAUGAGGGAAAAAAGCACAAAAAGAAUGCAGCCCGCGCUAAACUUCUACAGCGGCUUGGAGAAACACUAGAUUCAGAAGCGUUAGAAGCUUUGAGAAGCAGCUACACUUGCAACAUCUGCAACAUGGUCCUAAACUCAGUGGAACAGUAUCACGCCCAUCUGAAAGGUGCACGGCAUCAGAACAAUGCCAAUAAUAUCUCAGAUGGAACAAAGCCACUUGGCCAUGGGACUCCUCAAAACCCAACAGAGCUGCAAAGGCAGCAAAGAACCAACUUUUACAUGAAAACCAAUAUGCAGAAGAGAUUGGGCAAGGAAGGAAAGGACAAUGACAGUGGGAGGAGUUCCCUGAGUCCACCACAGAUGUCUGAAGUUACUGGAGACUGCUCACCAGAGAACAGUUUCUUUUCAGCCAUGGUGGAUGAGGAAAGCCACAUUUUGUGCUGACUGUGCCGCUGAAGCCCGUUUAAUACAGAGACAUAUUUUUAUGAAGUACAGCACAAGAAAGGGCUUUCUGUUUUCUUUUUUUGUUUUUCUUAAGAAUAUCACUUGGAUUUACUGCGAAAUUGGGCAUGAAAUCAUCUCAAUAGCAGCUCCUAUCUCCAGCCUUUUAUAGUUUCAUGUAAAAUCAGCUUUAGUAGAAAAUGUAAAUAUUCUGUAUCUUGGGGAGGUGGGGGUGGCUGUUUCUCAGCAUUGUUCCUGACAUACAUCACAAAUCCAGGAUAUGUAUCUGCAGGGGGAAAAAAACUUUUGAUGUUUUCAAUCUUCACACAACCGAUUUCAAACCCUUACAAUAUGUACAUUGUUUGCUAUCUGCGAUAAUAAAGAACUGUCCUCUCUACAAAGCUCAAGAUCAUUAAAGCUGCUCAAAGGAGACAGAAGAGGCAUUUGGACAGAUUAUCAAUACAACUCUACUUGCCUAUCACCCCCUAACAUGCCCCAAAUACUAAAUUAUUUUCGAAAGGUCAAAGGAACGUCUAAUUUCACUUGCUAAGUCUAUGCACAUUGUCCCCAGCGGCACAGGUUGAACUUUGUAUACCGACAGCAAAUUGCCAGCUUCAAAUAAAGUGACACAAACAUGUGUUUCAUAUUUUCAGACUUGAAUACAUACAUAUCACAGGGCAAACACGCCAUGUUUAAUAACUGAUUGUCAAAAGGAACAUAUUUUAUACUUGCCAAGACCACAAGCAAAACGCGGUACAGAGAGGUGAUUGUUCUAUUAUUUUUACAUAAUGAUUUACUGAAAUUAAAGAUAAUAUUCAGGUAUGGGACCUAUUAUACAGAAACCUAUCAUCGAGAAAGCUCAGAAUUAUGGCAAGGCCAU